GUUCACAGACAAGAUGUUUGAUCCGAUGGAUAAUCUGUUGACGGUGAGCGUGUCGGCGCCGGGCAAGGUGAUCCUGCACGGCGAACACUCGGUGGUCUAUGGGAAGACCGCCAUCGCUACCAGCCUCGGGCUACGGAGUUCUAUCGUUAUUAAGGAGGUGGCAACCCUGGAGGAGCCCACGGUGCACAUCCAGCUGCCGUGCGUCAGCCUACUGGAGACGUUGCCGCUCCGUGCCAUCGUCGAGCACCUGUUCCACCCCACGCUCAUUCACGGAGUCACAGGCAAGUUCUCCUGGCGGUUGCCCGAGAUGCUGGACCACGAAACACACCUGAAGAAGGUCGAAGUCUUCCUGCACCAGAUCCGGCCAGACUUCGACGGCCUACAGAACAACCAGAAGAACUCUCUAAGGAGUUUCCUUUACGUGUUUUCUGGAAUAUUCGGCAGCACGAAUUUGCCUGUCAAGUCUAUGAUGAUCUCUAUGGGCAGUGAGCUGACGAUUGGCGCGGGCACCGGCAGCUCGGCCUCCUUCGCCGUGUGCCUCGCGGGCGCGCUCAUACAACUGCUGAAGCUGAAGGGCUCGUCCAACUACGACCCGUUCAGCGCGACCUCUGGCGACGACUUUACCAGCAAGGAGCGGGAGAUCAUCUCAGAGUGGGCGUAUAACUGCGAGAAGAUCAUGCACGGGUCGCCGUCAGGCAUAGACAACGCAACGUGCACAUUCGGAGCUCUAGUGGAAUUCAAAAAAGGAACGCGGCCGCGGCCUGUUUCCGUUCGUCUGGGCAUGCGCAUCCUAUUGGUGGACUCGCGAGUGUCGAGAGAGACCCGCGCGCUGGUCGUCAAGGUGGCAGCACUGAGGCAGAGAAACAUGGCCGCCGUUGAUCAUAUCAUGGACGCUUGUGAUGAUAUCGCGAAGACCGCUACACAGGUAUUAGAGAAGUUAUCCAGUGACAAAGUGAUAUCCGACCCGGAGGCCGACUACCAACAUUUAGCUGAACUGUGGGAGCUGAACCACUGCCUGCUGGCGGCAUUAGGCGUGUCGCACCCGUCGCUGGAGGCGAUCCGGGCGCAGGCGCGCGCGCGCGGGCUCGCCUGCAAGCUCACCGGCGCGGGCGGCGGCGGCUACGCCAUGGUGCUAAUACCGCCCUCGACCCCUCGCUCAGUGGUGGACUCCCUCUCGAGUUCCCUCCUCGAGAACGGGUUCCGAGUGGUCGAGACGACCCUCGGAGCCCCCGGGGUCAGAGUGGACAUGUGACACAGAACUCGAGGCAAACCCAGGGGCAGGAGAAAGGGAGGACUGUGGUGACAUCUCGCGGCCGGUGUAGGAAACUUUAAAACAAUUAACGUCAUCUAGUGUGAAAGUUCGGAUAGUGACACCUGGCGGUGGGUAGUGGCAGUUUUAAGAUGUUUUGCAAGUAUAGCGACAUCUAGUGGUGAAUAAGUGAAGUUAUGAUUUUUGGACUUUGGAUUUGAAUGAAAAAUCGUCAAAUAUUUUCUUUUCAGGUUUUAUGCGUGUGUUUUGCUGCUGCUUUUUAUUGUAACACUGAAACGGAUGUAUUAUCUCUCUGCUAUUAUUAAUUAAGAGUAUGAACCCACCGGUCAAGGCAGGUCCCAACCAGGUGCGAUAUUUUACACCAAAAGCGAGUCUUAAGUUGUGCGGAGUAAAGACGAUAUUACAGUACUCGAUGGCCACUUGAAGAGGCUAAAUAAAUAGUAUUACAAUACGCGUUUUAAAAACGCUACCUCGAUGAAAUUUAAACUGAAAGAACACAGAUUUUGUUCAACUAAAAGGGAUCAAGAGUGCGUCCGGUAUGCGUGCAAGAUUGAAUGGUAUGUGGUAGAAAAUAAAGCUUAUUUUUCCACGCUCGUACGCCGCAAACAUUCCUGUGUAUUUGAUUUGCAAGUGAUAUGACAAUAUUUAUUUAGUUUUUUGAGCAAGCUUUAUUGGUAUUGUCUCGUAAUGGAUGUUUGCCUAAAGAUUAUUCAAAUAUACGAGUUUAAAGUUUGGUUAUCUAUAGGUACCUACUUUAAAAGGUUUGUCGUUAUACUAUGGAAGUAAUAAGUACUUAAGUACAGUACUUAUUACUUCCAUGCGUUAUACCAAUGUCAUGUAUGGCUAUACCUACUUAAUAAAGAAUAUAAUAAAUGACAGGGGCAAGCAUGAAUAAAUUGCAGGCAAGGAAAUAUAGAUCUUUUGAUGAUAGGUACAAAGAUACUUAGGCCUUGUUUCAUGUCUGGUCAGUGGCUACCUGUCAGAUAAAAUACAUGCUGUCACUGUCAAAAAAGUAAUAACAGAGAGUGACAGCAUGUAUUUUAUCCCACAGGUAGCCACUAACUAGACAUUGUGAAACAGGGCCUUAAUCAAAUGACAACUACCUAGCCCAAAUAUGAAUAUGGUUCCAAAUUGUUUAGAUUUGCGACCCACACAGAUAAUUUUUACCAAAAUUAUGCCCGUUUCGGAAAGGAAGUUUAGUAAAAAUAUAUAGUUUUAUCCUAAGUUAUAAUAUUUUUAGUUUGCAUUAUUUAUUAUUGUAUGUUUAAAAUUUAUUAUAUUUAGUUUUAUGUACUGUAAUCAUGAAAUUGUAUUGAGAUGUAGUUUUUGGUCUUAUUGGUUUCUUAUCGAAGAAGCUUGAGAUCAGAUGAAUUGAAUUCUAAAUUAUCUGAUACAUUAGGAAAAAUAACAAAUCAUUUGAAUUUGAAAUCAAAAUAUAUAAACCAUAUUUAAAUCUACUUAUUAAUUUAUUGUUACGUUUUUAUAACAAAUAAAAUAUAGUAUCAACUUACCUCUUCUAGUUAAAACGAUGGAUGACAAAAUGGUGAAUGGAUUUAAUGAAUAUUAUGUCUUCCAGCUUUAAUUAGUGGUAUAAGUAGUAUGAUUGUUGUUAGACAAUAUGUCGUAUCGUGAAGUUUGUUUGUAAUAGUUAUACAGGGUGUUGCAAGUGGUAUAGUGAUCCGAAAAUGUCAUUGUUCAGCAUGCGUAGUGCGAGUUUUUACACCUUCCUUAGUGACGAGUUAACGCGAAUUAGUGUGGCGCGGGAGUGUCGCCACCUAGCGGUAUACGCGCUGCACAAGCUUCGCCCCAUACACGCUGGCGGCGAUUUUCAUUGCUCGAUUGGUUUCGAUAAACCUACAUUAGGCCCUUAGAAUGACCCGAUUUCGGCUUAUUAUAGCCCUUGUUUAACACCAGUACAUGCUGGCCUUGUUUGGGCCAAGCCAACCUCACCGAGUUUUAUCAUGUUUAUUUGGAACAUUACUAAGUUCCUUGGCCCAGCCCCGCCCAGCAUGUAAACGGGGUAUGGGGUUUUUACCCUCUGACAGCUAUCAUGUACCAACGAAUUUUAUAGAAUUUUCUAGACAACUGAAUAAGGCAAGCGCCACAAACAAAAAAACUUGAUUCAAAUCUUGCGAGCCUUGCGCCUGUUUAUUUUUCAAUUUAAUAUUUAUAAGUUUCUUGUCGCUGCCUUCAAAAUCCAGCGUAUCGGUCAAUUUACAAAAUCAAUAACUAAGGAAUUACUUAAUUAUGUAAUAUUUUUAAAUAGGUUUAAAAUAAAUUGGCCGAUAUGCUACAUCUUGUUAACGGCCUCUAUAAGAGCCUGCUCAAAAUAAAAUAUAUUUGUCUAGAAUUAUUUCGGUGCUAAGUAUGGGUAUUUAAAAAUAUAAUAGUUAAAUUGAUAUUAUCAUGAAUAAAAACAUUAAUGUACAUAAU